AUGGAAAUGGAACAGGAGAACAACACCAACUUUGCUGGAUUCAUCCUCCUGGGUUUCUCCUCCUCACCAGAGUUUAAGGAACUUCUCUUCCCCUUCUUCCUCUGCAUGUACCUGCUUAGCUUACUGGGAAACCUCUUGAUCAUGGUGUUGAUCUUCUUCAGUAACAACCUUUUCCAUGCCCCCAUGUAUUUUUUCCUCAGUCACCUAUCGUUGGCUGACCUCGGUUUUAGUUCCAAUGCUGUACCCAAGAUGUUGCAAAUCUUGGUAUCCCAGAAAAACACCAUAUCCUACAGUGGAUGCCUCAGUCAAAUGUAUUUCUUUGUGGUCUUUUGUACCACUGAUAACUUUCUCCUGGCCUCCAUGGCUUAUGACCGCUAUGUGGCUAUCUGCCGUCCACUUCAUUAUACUACAAUCAUGAGCUACAAGCAUUGCCUGGUCUUGGCUGCUGGGUCUUGGCUCCUCUCUUUUUCCCAAGGCCUAUUGUAUGUAUUUACAAUAGCUAACUUUUCUUUUUGUGGCUCCCGGGAGAUACCCCAUUUCUUCUGUGACCUCCAUCCUUUACUCAAGCUUUCCUGCUCAGAUACCUCUUCUGCAGAAACGCUGCUCAUGAUUGAAGGCACUGCUACCAUGCUUGGGCCCCUUAUACUUAUCCUUCUGUCCUACAUAUUGAUUAUGUUCAAGGUGCUGAAAGUCCCUUCUGCUUCUGGGAAGUACAAAGCCUUCUCCACUUGCAGCGCACACAUCACUACUGUUGCCUUGUUCUAUGGGACUCUGAUGGGCACCUACAUCCGUCCGUCCUCCACCUAUUCUGGGUCCACGUUGAGAAUGGCAUCAGUAUUCUACACAGUGGUGACCCCCAUGCUCAAUCCUUUCAUAUACAGCCUGAGGAACAGUGAGAUUCAUGGGGCCAUGAGGAAAUUACUAAGGGUUUGGAUGCAGAAGAGGGAAAUCAAAGCAGAACUGAGAUUACCACAUAAUAAGCCUGGAGCCAGUUUGGAAAACUACAAGGAUGACUGCCAGUAGAAUGAUAUAUAAUGUUCUUUAACCUUCAUAAUGUUCCUGAUCAUUUAUUAUAUCAUGUGCAUAAAGUUACAGCAGGAUGGUUAUAAUCUCUUACUAUCUUCCAAGGAUGUGUGCCAGUAUGAAAUGUGAAUGUUGAAACUUUCAUUCAGCUAUGGCCUUAAUGCAAUU